AUGAUAGCAUACGGCUCGCCCGCGCUGAGGAGGCACACCUCCGUGCUAGCGAAAAGGUUGCCAAAAGGGAAAAAGGUUUUUCUCUACCUGAACAGCGCAGGUAGAACCUUCUCCUCCAUUUGUGUGGACAACUUGCGAAACAUCGGAAUUAGUGCACACAUAGAUGCAGGAAAAACCACUUUAACAGAAAGAAUCUUGUACUACACAGGGAAAAUAAAAAGCAUACAUGAAGUUAGAGGGAGCGAUGGAGUAGGUGCAACAAUGGAUUCAAUGGACCUAGAAAGAGAAAAAGGAAUAACGAUCCAAUCAGCAGCAACGAAUUGUAACUGGGAUUUUCACGACAAAAAAUUUACCAUCAACAUAAUUGAUACCCCUGGACAUGUGGAUUUCACCAUCGAGGUGGAAAGAUCUUUACGUGUGUUAGAUGCAGCCAUACUUGUUAUUUGUGGAGUAUCCGGAGUUCAAAGUCAAACAUUAACAGUGAACAGGCAAAUGAAUCGUUAUUUCAUCCCACGAAUAUUAUUCAUUAAUAAGCUAGAUAGAGAUGGUGCAAAUGUGGAAAGGGCACUUAGUACCAUAGAGAAAAAGCUAAACUUAAACACUCUCCUGUUGCAAAUGCCAGUUGGAAUUGAGCAGAAGUUUAAAGGAGUGUAUGAUCUUGUGUUGAGAAAGGGUUACUUAUUUAAAGGUGUAAAUGGGGUCAUAGUGGAGGAAGUGAAUGAUGAAGAGGUGACUCUACACGAUCCAUCCUUUUCAUACGAAGUGAUGGAUAUGCUUAGAACCCGUAUGUUCGAAAAGCUAGCUGAUGUGGAUGAUGAAUUUGCUGAUGUCUUCCUCAACCAAGAAAUUAAUGAUAUAAAGACAGAAGACGUGAUUGCUGCCAUACGCAGGUGCACCAUCAAGAAUGCCAUUGUGCCCAUCUGUCUGGGUAGCGCUAAGAAUAAUGUAGGUGUUCAAAUUUUGCUCAAUUAUGUGUGUAGCUUUUUGCCCUCUCCCCGGGAGGUGGGUAGUUAUGGCUACGUCUACGAGGGGGGUACAGACGCAGGGAAGGAUGCCAAUGAGGAAAACUGUACCCCUGCACAGGGGAAAAGCCGAAAGCGUGUCGACUUGCAGUGUGACAGCGCGCUGCCCAUGGUGGGUUUCCUCUUCAAAAUACAGGAGGAUGCGAUGCAUGGCCAAAUGAGCUACUUCCGCAUCUACCAAGGGAAAAUAAAAAAAAAGGAUAACAUAAUGAACAUGCUAACGAGCAAAAAAGAAGUCAUAAAAAAAAUAUUAAAAAUGCAUUCGAACAUGGCCCAAGAAGUGAAUGAGGCACAUGCAGGGGAUAUCGUUGCUAUUAAUGGUAUCAGCGGACGCACAGGGACGACCUACACGAAUGGAAUCGCCUCGAAUUUACAUCUGCUAAAUAUACAUGUGCCCAAGCCAGUCAUAUCGGUGGCAGUGGAAAUUGAAAAGAAAGGAGACAUGACCAAGCUGACCAAGGCAUUAAACAAGUUCGUCAAGGAAGACCCAACCUUUCACGUAAAGACUGAUGAGCAAACGAAGGAAAUUCUAUUCGAAGGAAUUGGAGAAUUACAAUUGGAAAUUUAUAAAGAGAGGCUAAAAAGGGAAUAUGGGAUAGGGGUACAAUUGAAGAAUCCUAAAAUAAAUUUUAAAGAAACCAUUACCAAACCAUAUGAAUGCACAUAUACAUAUAAAAAACAAAAGGGAGGUGCAGGAUUGUAUGCACAUGUUCAUGCGAUUUUCGAAACCGUGUCUGAUGAUUACAACGAGACCAGUUACUGUUCCUUUGUUAAUGAAGUGGUGGGAAAUGAUCUUCCAAAAAAUUUUAUUUUAUCAAUUGAGAAAGCCUUUAAAGAACAAGUUGAAAAAGGUUACCUGAACAGUUCAGAAAUUAUUAACAUGAAAAUGAGAUUAAUUGGAGGGAAGAUUCAUGAAGUCGAUAGUAAUGACUUGGCAUUUAAAAGAGCCACCAUUCAUCUUAUUAAAGAAAACUAUCAAAACUUUGUUCCUGUACUUCUUGAACCCAUUAUGUUGGUGGAAAUAAUUUCACACUACGAACAUCAGAGCAACAUCCUCACCAGCAUCACCAAGAGGAAGGGACUGGUCACCAACAUCGUUAACCAAAUGAACGCUGUUCAUAUUUACGCCGACAUCCCCCUAAAACACAUGUUCAAUUAUAUCAACGAGAUUCGCUCCAUUACACAGGGACAGGGUACCUACACCAUGGAGUUCGCUCGGUACGAACAGGUCCCCAAGAGCGAUUUGGACGAGAUCCUGCGUGCAGCAGGAAAUGUCAAUAAGCGGUCUGAAUAG